AUGGGGAUUUAUUUGCCAUUCAGAAUUCUUUUUGUCAAGCAAAUUUUAAAAGUGCCAUCAGGUUUCACCAAAAACCAGUUAUCUGUCCCAAAAGGUCAUGUAGUAGUUUACGUGGGAGAGAUGCAAAAGAAACGAUUUGUCGUUCCGAUAUCAUAUUUGAAUCACCCUUCAUUCCAACAACUGCUUAAAUAUGCUGAAGAAGAGUUUGGCUUCCAACAUCCUCAAGGGGGACUUACAAUUCCUUGCAAGGAGGAUACCUUCGUUGAUCUCACGUCUAGAUUGCAAGUUUCUUAG